CCAGACAGAUGCUACAUGCUGUUUCACGGAAGUACUACAGCUCCCGUGGUGCAUUGCGGCGGUAACCGGAACCACAUCCACGAGCUGAUCCAGCUAAUCCACCGCCAUUUGAAGGAGCAUGGUUUCCACUCAGCUGCAGAUGAGCUACAGAGGCACAGCCCACAGGGGGAGACAAACAUAUCUGCAUCAUUAUUGGACAUCUACAAUUCAUGGUUAAAUGACUCGAAAAAGAAAAGGCAGCCGGGCUCGGCCAAGCAAUUAAAUUUUAAAGGAAGGACUCCAGCUAAGGCUACAAAAAUCCAAACCGCCUACAAUCAGAUUCAAGCGGACGACGACAGCAGCUCAGAUAGCGAGGAGCUGAGUCAGAGUCUACUGCCACAGACUCCCUCUGCUUCCAGUAAAAAGUUAGCUCUCAAGACCCCAGUUAAACCAGUGGCAGCAGCAUCUCCAAACAAAAAGAAACCAGUGAGCCCAAUAUCGAUAUCAAAACGGACACCAGUAAAACAGAAAUCAACACCAACAGCCAAGACUGUAAAGAAGGAUAAACCUGCAAAAAAAGCAGAGACACAAAAAAAGAAGUCUGUGCCAGCGAAAAGGAAAAAAGGUGAAGAUAAAUCUGCAGAAAAUGUCAUCAAGGUGAAGAAAUCAAAGACCCAAACAAAAGCCAAGGUUGUGGUGGCUGGAGGAGAUGAUUCAGACUCUGACAGCAGUCUGGAUGUAGAGAAAUGGAAGAAAAUGGUCCUGCAGAUGACAGAGGAUGAUGUAGCCAAGAUGGACACCAUCAAUGCUCUGGAUUCGUCGGCGCCACAACCCAAGAAAAAGAGAGUGAGGAAACCCGGGGCUAAGCCUCCCGCAAAAACAGACACUCCGGUUAAACAGAAUAACGGGACGGUUGAAAAGAAUGAAAAGGUGGGGGAGAAAGCCAUGACGGAAACACCACCAAAGAAUAAUAAACCCAAGAGGAGCAGGCCAAAAAAGACUGCACCUGUGACCUCCUCUUCAACCCCGAGCCAAGAGCAAAACAUCAACGCUGUAGAGGACAGACCAGCUACAUCCACCCUCUCCCCGUCACAACAGACGGCAAAGAAAGAGAAAAGGAAAGUUGUGACUCCCAUUGAAAAAAAAACUGAUGAGACAACGUCUGAGCCCAAGAAGAAGAAAAAGAAGACUGAAGACAAGGUGGAAGAGAAUACAAAUGAGACUGGUAAAGAUGGAAAAGACAGUAAAGAGGAAACGGAAAAGAAGAAUAGAGUCACAGAGGAAGAGUUUGGUGAUAAACCUGCAGAGGAGAAGAAAAAGGCAAAAGGAACAAAGGGAGAUAGCAAAGGAAAUGAGACUGAAGAAAUCAUAGAGAACAGAAAUUGGAAUGUUGAUAUUGAAGACAUUUCAGAGCCAAUAGUGCAAGAAAAGAAAGCCAAAAAGGAGAAAACUUAUAGUGAGGAAAAUUCAGUGCAGAUAACUGAAGAAAAGAAAGCAAAGAAGAAGAAAAAGACAGCAGGUAGUGAGGAAACUUCAGAGCAAAACGAUCAAGACGACAAAGAAAAUUCACUGCAGAUAACUGAAGAAAAGAAAGCAAAGAAGAAGAAAAAGACAGCUGGCAGUGAGAAAACUUUAGAGCAAAACGUUCAAGAAGACAACGAAAAUUCAGUCCACAUAGCUGAAGAAAAGAAAGCAAAGAAGAAGAAAAAGACAGCUGGCAGUGAGGAAACUUUAGAGCAGAUAGUUGAAGAAGACAAAGAAAAUUCAGUACAGAUAACUGAAGAAAAGAAAACAAAGAAGAAGAAAAAGACAGCUGGCAGUGAGGAAACUUUACAGCAAAACGUUCAAGAAGACAACGAAAAUUCAGUGCACAUAUCUGAAGAAAAGAAAGCAAAGAAGAAGAAAAAGACAGCUGGCAGUGAGGAAACUUCAGAGCAGAUAGUUGAAGAAAAUUCAGAGCAGGCAGCUGAAGAAAAGUCAAAGAAGAAGAAAAAGGUGACUGCUUAUAGUGAGGACAAUUCAGAGCAGAUAGUUAAAGAAAAGAAAAAGAAAAAAAAGGACAAAGCUGAUCACAAUGAGGAGCAAGUAGUUGAAGAAAAUACGACGACAGAGAAAUCAGAGAGCAGUGACAGACUGGAAAAGCCAGAGCAGAUUGCCGAAGUGAAGAAGAAAAAGAAAAAGGACUCAUCAUUGAAAAAUGAUUCAGUUGACUCAGAGCCACUACCUCCACUCAAACCUGAAACACUAAAUCCUCCAACAGUGAAGAAGAAAGAGAAGAGCAAGUUGAAAUCAGCUGAGGUCCCAGAAACGCCUGCAGUUUCUGUCCAAGACACCACAGCAACACAAACCCUCCAAACACCCUCAAGAGACAACCACAAAAAGAAAAAGAAAUCCUCCAAGAGCACCGAGUCAUGAAGAUGUUUGAUUCUUGCAGAACCAAAGGAUGAAGGCAACAAAUCCUUUCCUUCGGAUUUCUAAUCAUAUUUUAAUGGUUAGAAUGAUCACAAAAAUGUAAAGAGAAAAUGAUUUUUUUAUUUUCGUACAUUUUUUAUCUUUUUCAUUUGUUUUAUGUGUGACCGAGUGUAUCAUACUAUGACACAGGUGUUAUUUUUCGCUUUAUGUUUUUUAUGAUAUUGCCAUUUUAAUGGCAUAAAUGUAAAAAGGAUUCAUAAGUGAUUGUUUCAUGGAAUGGAUGAUCCCUCUCAUGAUAUGUCUUUUGAAAGUGAAAUUCAGUCAUUGAAUGAACAGAGACAUUUCUCUUAAACACAUUCUCUUUCAGUCUCAGGGAUUUUCCCCAUGAUAGUCCUAAAUCUUAAUUUGUUCUCAGUAUACGCCUACUAACCUCUUGGAGAGAGGAAAAACUUUUUUUGACCAAUUUUAUAUUUAUUAAAAAAUAUAUGAAAAACAGUUGUAACAGGCUAAUUCGGUAUUAGGUUAAUAUCUGUGUUUGUGAAAAGCAUGGGUUUAUUUUAUUUUUUUAAACAAAAGUUUUAAAUGUUUGAUAAAACUUUCAUAUAUGCAUUGUACAUUAUGCUUUUAAAACAAAUUAAACUCCAUAGUAUUUUUAAA